UCGUCGCACAGUAUUAUCGUAAACGUGUUCGAGUAUCGUACGUGUCCCAUUCUCUCUCCGGAUACCUUUCGGUGGUGCGAUUUUGACGACGAGAAAUACGACGAACAUCGAAAAUAUUACCCAUCUGCGUGAAAUUCUAGUAUCUCGUACUCGCCGCAACAAAAUGACGUAAUGAAGUUGACGAAUCUCAACUAUUUACUAUUCACCUUCAUUUACGUACAAGCCACUAAGCAAAUUGAACGGCAAGAAGCGUCAGACGACGAUGAUGUUUCCGAUGAAACACACAGCAUCCAAGCGGUUUUGGGUAAAACAGCCAAUUUACCUUGCGAUAUCGAAUCUCGAGAUAAACAGAACGUCGUGUACAUGGUGUUAUGGUUCAGAAAAAACGACGAUAAGCCUAUUUACAGUUUCGAUGCCCGAGGCCGAGCGACGGGAAAGGAAUUGCAUUGGUCAGACGAACGAAGUUUGGGACCUAGGGCGUAUUUCGUAACACUAUCACGUCCGGCCAGUUUGCAGUUGGAUAACGUGCAAUUGCGUGACGAAGGCACAUAUCGGUGCAGGGUGGAUUAUCGUAACGCUCCGACUAAGAAUUUUCAAAUUCAUCUCACGGUCAUAGUACCGCCGCAUCAAAUAAUCCUUUACGAUAAUUCGGGUCGUGAAGUGCAGAACAUCGUUGGUCCUUUGCAGGAGAACGCAGAUAUGACGUUGGUCUGCGAAGUUCGAGGAGGUAAACCGAUACCAACGAUUGUGUGGACAUCGAAGGGCAUAGUUCUACAAAACCAGACCAAGACUGUGGAAUCUAAUAUAGUUACGAGUAAAUUGGAAAUUAAAAAUUUAUCCAGAACCGACUACGAUACCAUUUACAAAUGUAAAGCUUCCAACACGAAUCUCAUUUUACCGACUGAAAGACGAAUACAAUUGAAAUUACAUUUAAGACCUUUAUACGCCAAAAUUCUGAAAAAAUACCGCGAAAUGAUAGCCGACAACGAAUACCAGCUAACGUGUGAAACCUCCGGAUCGAGACCACCAGCCAUAAUUACAUGGUGGAGCGGCGACAGCUUAUUGAAUUACACUCAAUCGUAUCUAAACAGCAGCGAAACUACCGUCACAAUUCACACGAUAACUUUUGAGCCGAAACCGCGCCAUAACAAUAUGCCCAUCAAAUGCCUAGCCGUUAAUCCGAAAACUUAUAAUUUCACCAGAGAAGAUUCCUUCAAACUUAAUAUCGUUUAUCCGCCAAUGGUGAUGCUGCAGUUGGGCAACAAAUUAGACUCGAAUCACAUUAAAGAGAGCGACGACGUUUACUUCGAAUGUAAAAUACAAGCCAACCCUCCAGAAUACAAGAUCACCUGGUUUCACGACAAUACUCAAAUAAAUCAAAACAUAUCUUCCGGAGUGAUCUUAAGCGGCCAAAGUUUGGUAUUGCAAAGUGUCAGUCGUCAUAAUUCUGGAUCAUACAAAUGUCUAGUUGCCAAUAACCGAGGCGAGACGUUCAGCCAACCAGUUCAUUUAAGAGUGAAAUAUGUACCAGUAUGUCGAAAUCAAGAAACACUAAUAUUAGGAGCGUCUUUAGGCGAAAUUGUACACGUCGUGUGUUCGGUUAUGGCCGAUCCUAAUAUAAUCAGCUUUAAAUGGGUUUUCAACAACAGCGCGCAAACUUUGGUCGUCCCGAGAGAAAAGUACGUCAUAAUUAAUUCGACGACCAGCGAAUUAGGAUAUAAGUUAACAUCCAAUAAAGAUUUCGGAACGCUAACGUGUUGGACGAAGAAUGCGAUCGGCGAGCAAACGCAGCCUUGUACCUUUUACGUCAUCAGAGCAGUACGUCCCAACACCGUGAACAACUGCACCUUUCAGACGAUCGCCAAAAACGAUCAACAGCUAUUGGAGAUCCGAUGCUAUCCCGGUUACAACGGAGGUCUCUCGCAACAAUUCCAUCUCGAAAUAAUGCGAAAAAACUACACCCUAGUCAAUUUAAGCGUCGCCGAGACGCCUUCUUUUCACGUCGACUUAUCGAAAUUCAUCGGAGAAUGGCAGUCUGACUUGCAAUUCGUGAUAUACGCUUCGAAUGCCAAAGGUCGAAGCGAAUCUACCGUGUUUGAUAACCAAUUACCAAACGACCUGAGAGAAAAAAUCGUAGCUCAGCUAACGAUGUCUCAACAGAAAAAAACGCAAAAGGAGAUGAUCGCUUUAUCGAUAAUCGUCACAUUCUUCCUGGCGGUAACAGCGACUGCGUCGUUUUUCAUCGUAUUCUUAGUCAAACGAUCUUGUAUAUUAAAACAAACCAGCUCGUGUACGCAAUCGAAGCACAAUAAAGCUAAACUUAAACUGAACACCGACAACACUGACGAAAAGUUUAUUAUAUCGUAUCAGCUCAAGACAAAUAAACCAGAUAUACUAAAUAAAGUCGUUGAUGAUACGACAACAGCGACUGCGAUAAAAUCCACAAAUUCGAGAAGAUGUACAGACGUUUUAGGUGAUACAUUUUCAAACACGUUGUACCACUCAAAAUCGGACAACUUGUUCAAUGAAAACCAAAUGGUACCCAAACAACAAGAAUACGAUACGGUGCUGUCAAAAGUCGACGAUAAAUGUUCUCUAUUAGUAACAACUUUAACAUCCAGUGCAAAAAAUCAACAUAAAGUGCACAAAAAAAUCGAAAACGUCAGCAGCAGUAAACUAACCGAUACGAUUUUCGGUCCGGAAAGUUCUGUUUAGAACCAUUGUACAAGUAUAACGAACCCCUCUUCUUCAUUGUUUCCCUUCUUUAUUUUCCAGUUACCUACCUGUAUUUGUGUAUAUGAUUUUACAUAUUGUGAAUAUAUGAACGUUAUAUAAUGGAGAUGGGGUAUCGACAUUACUUAUUGGUGUUCUUUCAAAUCAUCGAAUCUUCUUCUUCCUUUUUUUAUUUUAAUUAUGUGUAGCUUAAUUCCUAAUAUUUGCAGUUGCUCUGAAUACCUAUGUAAUUAUUCUCUUGUAAAAGUUGUUGUUUUUUUUGUUUUUUUAAAUUUUCAUUUGUAUAUAAUGUUGUAUCUUCCUUUUCACCUUUUGUACGUAAAAUAUUGAUAAAUUUGUUGUAAUGUAUUGUUUUUUUUUUCAAGUGUAAUGUUUGUAUUGUAGAAAAAAAUCGUUUUUACAAAA